AUGUGGUGGCCUUUGGCCUUUCUCUGCUAUCUACUGGUGCUGACCAGAGCCCAGGGCAGGACUUCUUUCCACCCGCUGUCAGACGAACUGAUCACCUACAUCAACAAGCAGAACACCACAUGGCAGGCGGGACGCAAUUUUCACAAUGUGGACGUGAGCUACCUGAAGAGGCUGUGUGGCACUUUCCUGGGUGGGCUCCGGCUGCCCGAGAGAGUUCGGUUCGCUGAGGACAUCUAUCUGCCUGAAAGCUUCGAUGCUUGGGAACAGUGGCCCGACUGUCCAACCAUCAAAGAGAUCAGAGACCAGGGUUCCUGUGGCUCUUGCUGGGCAUUUGGGGCUGUGGAGGCCAUGUCUGAUCGGAUCUGCAUCCACACCAACGGGCACGUCAAUGUGGAGGUGUCUGCAGAGGACAUGCUCACCUGCUGUGGCAGCCAGUGUGGGGACGGCUGUAAUGGAGGCUAUCCAUCUGGAGCUUGGAACUUCUGGACAAAAAAAGGCCUGGUUUCUGGUGGCCUGUAUGACUCCCACAUAGGCUGCAGACCCUACUCCAUCCCUCCCUGUGAGCACCACGUCAAUGGUUCCCGGCCCCAGUGCACAGGAGAGGGGGACACUCCCAGAUGCAGCAAGAGCUGUGAGCCCGGCUACGCCCCGUCCUACAAGGAGGACAAGCACUAYGGGUACAGUUCCUACAGCGUCUCCAGUAACGAGAAGGAGAUCAUGGCAGAGAUCUACAAAAAUGGCCCAGUGGAGGGCGCCUUCACCGUCUUCUCAGACUUCCUGACCUACAAAUCAGGAGUGUACCAGCAUGUUGCUGGAGAGAUGAUGGGAGGCCACGCCAUCCGCAUCCUUGGCUGGGGGGUAGAGAAUGGCAUCCCUUACUGGCUGGUGACCAACUCCUGGAACACUGACUGGGGUGACAAUGGGUUCUUUAAAAUCCUCAGAGGAGAGGAUCACUGUGGAAUUGAAUCAGAAAUUGUGGCUGGAAUCCUACGCACUGACCAAUACUGGGCAAAGAUCUAGUCUGCUGCAGGCCUGGCUGGCCAGUCCUGGGGGUUUCCCUAAACAUAGCCAACUGGUCUGGGGGUGAGAUGCGGGCAAGAAUAUCUUUUAUUCUUUGAGUUCACAUAAGGUACAAGAAGUUGUAGACAGGGUCUAAAGAACUGGAUCAGGCCAAACUCACGCUUCCAGGUAGAACUGUCUUCCAAGGAAACGUGUUCAUUCCUGCUCCCUCCCAGCCUGUUCAGUGGACAAUGGCCACAGUGCACCCCGAGUCUUCCCCGUAGACUAGUGCUGUUUGUAGUGCCUGCUGCUCCGGCUCUGGCUGCAACACCCUCCCCC